AAUUUUCCGAGACAUUCUAUUCACUAUCGACUACCACCUGCGACUAAAUGCUACUUGCUACUUGCUACUACCUCCCAUUACUACUACACGACGACAUUGUGCCAUAUACUGUCCUCUUGGUCCUACCAUUCCCUCUCGCCCAGUUGACAUUUCCCUCUGUCCAUCACACACACCCUUGAUCGUCAAAUCUCGAUAUUGACCUCACCUCACUUAACCCUCUAAGGCUCUACCCACCAAUCCCAAUUCCAACACUUGACCUCACCUGCCAGUGUCCCGAUCUCUCUCUAUAUCGAACAAAGCUGUCGCAUCCUGCCGCCGACCCUCAGUCCUCCCACAGUUCCAUUUCAUUCCCACUCGCAGUCACACGACCCCGGUCCAAUCCACCUCGAAUCCCCUCCUGCGCAUACUCGCAUGCUACAUUUCCACAAACUCCCGCGCCACACGAUCAUCUUCGUCUCACGCAGCGCCGACAGCCUUCCUACGACUGUAACCCUGUGACUUGAGCACUAGCACUUGUACUUGCUCCAACCCGCUACCUUUUCCUCGGCCUAUAUCUAUCGAGACAUUCAUUCCCGCAAAGUCUCUAAGAAAGAGUCACUUUCGACUCGCCUCACGGUAUACCCGGUGGCCCAUACCCUCGAGAUCUCGUCAUGGCCGACAAAAUCUCAAUCACAAUAUGCGGUGAUGGCGGAUGCGGCAAAUCUUCCAUUACCUUGCGAUUAGUCCGUUCACAAUGGACUUCAGAUUAUGACCCAACGAUUGAAGACUCAUACUCAGUCACUCGAACAGUCGACGGACUCAACUACUACUUGUCCCUCACCGAUACUGCCGGUCAAGAAGAAUACCGUUCGCUAUGGGCUGCUUCCAAUCUCCAGUCGGAUGCUUUCCUACUUGUAUAUGACAUCACCAAUCAUCAUUCAUUAGAAGGCCUCCAGUGGUUCCUUGACAUGAUUGAUAUUGAGGCCGAAAACAGACUCGAGGAAAAUGCUCGACUACUCCGAGAAAAAGGGACAAAGGUCCGAGGUCGCCGGGAGCUGGGAUGGAAGUCGCCUCCCAUCAAGAUCAUCGCUGGAAACAAAUGCGACUUGAAAGAUGCCAGAGUCGUCAGCAGCAAAGUUGGCUGGGAGUAUGCCAAAAGCAAAGGCUGUGGCUUCAUGGAGACCAGCGCCCGAGAAAUGGUCAAUAUUGAGGAGACUUUUGCAUUGAUUGUCCGCAGAGUGGUCGAGGCCCGCCGCCAGGGAGGUGGCGCAUCAGAUGUCAAUCCACAUCCCACACCGUUUGCAUCUUCAAAAGGUCACACGCCAAACGUCAGCGGGGCAGGCACAUCGACAUAUCAGCCACCCGGUACCAUGUCAUCGAAUCACCGCGAUCCUAAUCAACCACCCACUGCCGAAAAAUCCGGCUUUGAAGAUGAUGCCACCCACGUCCCCUGGUAUAAAAAGGUCUUCUGCUGUCGAUAGCCUCCUUUUCAGUCGACUCCACCUCCACCUCCAACUCCAGCUCCUCCACCUCCGCGCUUCCUGCAACACUGACAUGUACACCAUCGACAAGUCAACACUCUGUAUCAAUACUCUCUUCCUCGGCCUCUCGCCAGUCACCAACCCCGUGACAAUGCGUUGGUGACCCGAUCAUUUUCCAGGCUUCCGCCAUACUGGCAUACACUGGCCCCACCAUCGAGACAACCUUUUGUCCCAUUUGGUAACAGACGAGGCGAUCCUCACAAUUCCGUCCUCCUAUCUGCCAGCUCUUCCUCAUACACUUUCGAGCUGGCAACAGCGCACAACAAUUCCAUCUCUCCAAAGAAUUUCGGCCCCCCCUCCACCUCACGUCACGAGUUUCCUUGAUCUCUCUAUAAUAAAGACUAAAGAGUCUGGUUCCUGUCUAGAUGCUUCUUCCCGGCCUCUCGAGGCCACCAGUCUCUGUGUUUUUGUGCUUUACUAUACACUUUUCUCCCCCAUGUAUUUCAUCAAGGUGCAACCGAAAAUGGAGGACGGAAGAAUUAACAACAAACUGAGGUGGGGAAAGGAGGAAUUUUACCUAUUCGACGGUCAACUCGGGCCUGGGUUGGAACUCGUCAAUCAAUUAAAACGAGACCCUCACAUCGAUAAUGUCUCGCCGGCGGAUGCGAGAUUUGGUAAAAUGGCCUGGUUUUACAAGCCAUCGAUAUAUCUCGUGGCAGGUCAUCUGAUCUGGGUUGGGAAAGCUAGGGUCUUCGCAUCACAGAUUCCAAGAUCGGAACAAGUCAUCAUCAGAGGACAUGACAUACCCAAGGCGAGGGAGCGGGACCGGUCGUUCUAUACAAAGGAAGAAUACCGAUAGUUCCAUCCCAACGCGACGACAUACCGAGCUUACCACAUAGCCCGAGAGUAUGUCUGUCUGCCUGCACCUACGCCCUGCACCCAGAACUCAUCACCAAAAGUCUCGGUCUCUCAUAUGUAUCCCAGUCCGUCUUUGAUGGAAUACUAGUAUCUAUAUCUAGACCAUACCUAUCUAGACCAUUGACGCGACUUCUACAAGUAAGCAUAAAAAGCAUCAUAACCUGAUACAUCUAUCUAUAGAC